CAUUUAAAAUAAAGUGACUAUUUUUUUGUAUUGUGUAAUAUUAAUGUCUGGAUGUAAAGAUGUCAUUCCUCUUUUUUAAUUAGAUGGUAACUGAAUUUAUGAAUUUUUAUUGUUUUAUUGAGAUGAAUAAGUGAAAGGAGCAGCAUUCUCAUUUAACAUUAACAAGUAAAAAUAUAUAUAUAUAUAUUUAAUUAUGUUUUAUUUUCUAUGCUUAUUGUGUACUCUUGAUGUGUUGAUGUAAAGAUUAGAUUUGUAUUUUUAUUAGUUUUUGUUUAUUUUUUUAAUAGCUUUCUUAUAUGAACUUAUUGAUUUUUUUAUUCUAUUUAUUUAUUUGCUUGGAUUUUGCUGGUCUUUUUUUUUUUUUUACAAUUUUCUUUAUUUGUUUAUUUUCUUAUGCGUUUUGUUUAAUGUUGAUGUAUGGAUGUAAAAAUUCAGUUGGUGUUUCUUUGGAUUAGAUCUUGUUAACCUGAUUGUUUACUGUUUUUUAUUUAUUUUUUUACACCUAAAAUAUAACAGCAUUACAAAAGAAACAUUUCUGGAUGUGUUUUCUAAAUUUGAUUUUAUUCAGUAAACGUUUUUUUCAUGGAAGCUGUAUUUAUUUAUUUAUUUGCCUUUGUUUAUUAAUGUUUUUAUUUGCCAAAAUUGAAAUAAUACACAUUUUCCGGCUAAAUAUUUUUAGGAGGAUGCUGUCGCAGUUGUAACAUUGACAUGUAUUUAAUAACAGAAACAGCAACAGUAAAAUAUAAAAAGCACAUGCUUUUUCCACAGGAAAAUGCACAAUAAAUAUUUGAUUUAAAAGUACUUUUCUUAUAGAAAAAUGUCCCUGAUUUGCUGUGAUAUUAUUGUUACUGGGCUAUUAGCCACAAUUCUUAUGUUUUCAGCAUCAUAGAGUUGAAGCUUUUUAUUUUUUUACCCAAAUGUAUGCAUGCUGGCGUGUAUCUGCGUAUGUAAAUGAGCACUCUAAAUGAUCAUGUUUUAUUUCUAUCAGUGAAGCGGGAAAUCCAGAUGUCAGACAAACGAUGAGAUUCAGAAAAAUGUUUUUCUUCUCUUGCUCCUGUCGAAAGAAAUUAAAUACGUCUAAAAUAACUAUAAUUUUAGAAAAUAGCGUAAACUUGUGUGUAAUUUAAGUAUUGCAAAAAAUAACCCAGAGUUUCAUCUUUCAGUGCUGUGUGCAUGUGGUUUCGUUUUCUUCUAAUGAAACACGUAUGCAAUUGAUUUAACACAUCGUGUGCGGCACAAAAACCGGUAAAGUUGUUUCUUUCACAUUAGAGAUGUUCGUAGACCCGGUUGUGUGAUGGAUGGGGAUGACUUAAAGCAAAAUACCUGCAGCUACACAUAGACUACACCUGCGCAACAGCUCUCCCCUGCGCCCGAAGUGAAACCCUACUCCUGCGCAUCUACCUGACUCACCGCACUCCGGUGACUCAGUGGCUCCAGCCUGAUGGAGCUCGCUCAGAGCGCUCCUGUGAGGCGCACAUUGCCAGCGUGCGCGGUAUCGUGGCAACACAACACGGUCUGACUGGAAAUGACCACCUCCGAAGUCGGGAGCGCACUUACGGUCCACAGGAGCGAUAACAUGUCGAUCCCAGCGCCAGUCGGAGGUUCAGUCCGCCGUCCAGCAGCCUCCAGCCGGUCCCAGGGAAGAUGAACGACGUGAGCUCCCCGGCCGGCCAGCCGGACGCGGCGGCCGCGGUGCCGAGGCUACGUCCCCCGCAUGAGAACCGCAGCAUGGCCGAAAUCAUCGCCGACCACCCAGCCGAGCUGGUGCGCACCGACAGCCCCAACUUCCUCUGCUCGGUCCUGCCCUCCCACUGGCGGUGCAACAAGACGCUGCCUGUCGCCUUCAAGGUGGUCGCCCUGGGGGACAUACCUGAUGGCACCGUUGUCACCGUGAUGGCGGGCAACGACGAGAACUACUCUGCCGAGCUGCGGAACGCCUCAGGCGUGAUGAAGAAUCAAGUAGCGCGUUUCAAUGACCUUCGCUUUGUGGGCCGCAGUGGCAGAGGCAAGAGCUUCACGUUGACAAUCACGGUGUUCACCAACCCACCACAAGUGGCCACAUACCACCGAGCUAUAAAAGUCACCGUGGACGGACCUCGUGAGCCCAGAAGGCAUCGUCAGAAGCUUGAGGACCCACCCAAAUCAGGCCUGUUCUCAGACCGCCUUAGUGAUCUUGAAAGGAUGAGGGUGAGGGUCACGGUUCCCACACAAACCCCCCGACCAGCUCUAAACGCAGCAGCCAACACUUUCAACCCACAGGGCCAGACACAGAUAACAGACCCUCGUCAGUCCCAGUCCUCUCCACCAUGGUCGUAUGAACAGACGUACCCGUCCUACCUGAGUCCCAUGGCGUCCCCCUCCGUCCACUCCACCACCCCCCUCUCCUCCAGCAGAGGCACUGGCCUUCCUGCCAUCAGUGAUGUGCCUAGACGAUUGCCAGGCACUUCCGAUCUAAGCCCGUUCCCUGGUCAGUUCGAGCGGCAGUUCCCGGGCCUUUCCUCCAUCACGGACAGCCGCUUCUCCAGCCCACGCAUGCAUUACCCGGCCACCUUCACCUACACCCCACCUGUCACCUCUGCCAUGACGCUGGGCAGUGCCCACUACCACACCUACCUCCCUCCUCCUUACCCGGGCUCCACCCAGAGCCAGAGCGGACCCUUCCAGACCAGCAGCACACCCUAUCUCUAUUACGGCGCCUCAUCCAACUCGUACCAGUUCUCCAUGGUUCCCGGUGGGGACCGCUCGCCGUCUCGGAUGGUCCCACCUUGCACUAGCGCCUCAACAGGCACUUCCCUGGUGAACCCUAACCUGCCCAGCCAGACAGAAGGAGGGGUGGACGGUGACGGGAGCCACAGUAAUUCCCCGACGGUGCUCAACCCAGGUGGUCGCAUGGAUGAAGCAGUCUGGAGGCCAUACUGAGAAAGACCAGGGGACACACAGAUAACAAGUCAACUGAUGUCGCGGUUUGAAAGCACAAAACCUUUUUUCAUGUGGUGAAAAGGGGAUUUUUUGGCCUCUCCUCGGCUAUUUUUAGCUUCUGCUUAGAAAUUAAAGCAAAGAUAAUUAAAAAAGAACAGACUUGCACCAACUUGUCUUCCUGGAAUGUGUUUGGACCAAGGCACUACAAAGGGAGCCAUUUUAAAAGCAAUAAUGAGAAUAAAAAAAAACUAUUUGAUUUACCAAGCCCAUGAAGAUGGGACAUUAUUUUAGUUUAAUGGCAGCCCACCAGCUAAGGGGUGGUUCACCAACAUUAGUAAAGACUGCCCCUCUUUUUGUAACGUGUUUGUACUUCAUUAAGGCUUUUUAUGCAGAGCAUGUUUUUGUACAACAAUAUCGAGAUGCAACCUAAGCACUGAGUAGCAGAUGAGAAGCGUGUGUUACCCAAAGUGGCGUGGACAUUCAUUUUGCUCUAAACCAAUUAAUUUAACUUGUACAUUGUGGGUUGUGAUGUUAAUGUAGAUUGAAGCGAUUUUCUUAGUUUUAACUUAUAAAGCCAUAAAUUAUGUAUUGUAUUUGAAACUUGAGUCAAAGACGUGUAAUCUGAAUAUUUUUGAUGCAUCUAUAUGACUAAGUUAAUUUUUUUUUUCCUGUGAUAGGUAAUUUAUGUCUUUUUUUGUUGUUGUUGCGCCCAAAGAUUUAAAGCACUUGGAGUAUGAAAUCUAAUUUCCAAAGAGUAUUGCAACAUGUUUCUUCUGGUGAAAAAUUCUGCGUAACUGCUCGACACAUUGGUAGGCCAACAUCUUCAGCAGGCGUCGACACACAUUUGGCAUAGAAUGAAACCUUUGCUAUUUAUUGAGCAAUAACUCGCAUCGUGCCUCUUGGCAGCACAGCAUUAAAGCCAGCUUCGGUGGGGAAGAAAAUAAUUAUCCAUUUUUGGAAAUUUUCUUUUAUUUUGUCUCAUCUAGCGUGCAUUUACAAAUUACAAUUCUUGAUAAUAUGAGAAAUUCAAAGCGAGUCCAAAGAUGGAUGUGCCUGGUGGUGCACUUUACAGCAUCAGGUCAGAGUUUUAAGACUCAGUUGCUUUGUGAUAAAUGAACUUCUCAGGACUGGAAUAAUCCCCGGAUGAAAUUUGCUUUUCUUUCUCUCGUUUUCUCUCCCUCUUCUUUUUUUGUUUUGUUUUUCAUAUUCAACCUGGCUGAAAGCUCAGUCGAGAUUAUAGCUUACACAUGCCAAGUUUAUUAUAGCUUUCAUAUCAUGUGCAAAAGAUCAAUUUGAAAAGGUUUGGGUUAGUGCGUGACACACAGCAAGAAAAAAAAAAAAAAAGAGUAUGACAUUCCUUCAGACAUUUAUUUAUCUACAGUUUUUAGAUUUAAUAUCUAAUGUCCCAGCCUAAAACAACAUUCUCUUGCAGCACUAUAAGGAGCAGGUCUGCAUUGAACCCAAAAAGUGCUGGGGUUCAGGGAAGAAGUGCAAAAAGCGAGGUGAUUGGAUUCAGCUGCUGGCAGCAAACUGGUGACCAAAAAAGAAAAUAUGGCAGACUUGUAUGUUUGUUUCAUAAAAGCACUUAUUUCUUGUUUUAUUUCUAGCAGCGCUGGCUGCCAGCAGAGCUCGUGGUUUAGGUCCUAAACGCAGCUAUCUCGCCCAUGCAGAAUGGAUAACACUUGGCCAAAUAAGCCAUUUACAUCUGAUCCCACCAGCCCGUUGGUGUUUAUUUAAAAAAAAAAGAAAUUGUUUAUUAUUUUGUACAUUUUAAUAUUUAAUGUGUGCAGGUAACAUAGCCUCUGCAUUUGUAAAAGUAGAGAAAAAUAUGGGAUCAGUGGGUUAAAGCUUUUCAUUGAAGGUUUGCACGCAGCCUCUGCAGAAGAUGUUCUGAACUCACUUCAUAAUAUUGGAAAAUGUCACGUUGCAUUUCUCCAACUGCCUUAGCUCAUACAGCCGAUAAAAUAUCUGAAUAGAAAUAAAACAGAGACUGACAUCAGAUUCUAUCCUCAACUUAUUUUGUUACUUUUUUUCUCCCACCUCAGAAAAAAAAGUUCAUAAUUUUUUUAACUGUUGGGCAAUACAUUUUCUUGAGACGUUCUUGUAUUAUUUAACAAUUAGUGUAUAAUUGUACUUUGUGUUGCUUCUAUGUAAAGUUUACGUGUUAUUUCCAUUGUUAUGCUCCUUCUCAUGAACACUUGUCAGGAAUUGAAAUCUAAACGACACCGUUAGAUUUUGCUGGUACGUUUCAUAAAGAGGAUUUUUCUUUUAUUUUAUAAGAAGGGACAAACAGACCUGACAACAGUGAGUGAAAUUGGCAUUGUGAUUGUACAUUUUGUUUAUUUUAAAAAUAAAGCUGGUAUUUUGUAACUUA